AUGCGCGAGGUCACAUAUCGGCCCCAGCUGGACAAAUUCGAUGCGCAUUCCCAUGUGACGCAUAUUGGUUUCGAGCCUGUCUCCUUUAUAAGCGUCCAAUUCACUCCGUUGGCGGUGCACUGUCGAAGGAGGAAAAUACGAUGCCUGCUUGCGCCCGACGACUCACAAGGCAGGUGCGAGAACUGCAUCCGCCUAAAGAAAGAAUGUCAUUUCUAUCCAGUGGACCAACAACCGGCGGUAGACAAGAGGGGGCGCCCUAUAACGAAACCCGAGACUGCGGGAUCCGAUGCAUCCCUGACUACUACACCUCCUCUGCUGGGCAGCGGGGCAGUGAUGGAGCAGAAGGAGUCUUAUUUCCCAUACCCGAAUAUGGCGAUUUCUUCAGGUCAAGAUAUAUCAGCCUACAACUCUGGCGCAUACCCCGGAACGCCCGUGGCAGCAUAUACACCAGAUCCAAUAGUCGCAUCUGAGCUGGGUGCGAUACCAGGUGCAGCCCAAGCGGUCCCGGCAUGGAACGAACCUAUCUAUGAUCCCCAGGUACCCGGAAUGGUUCUAAGACCUUCUCCAGGAGCAGUUGUACCGCCAGGGGCCAUUCCCCACCCAUCAAGUGGUCCAAUGGCGGUGACACCAGACGCUACCGGUAUACUUCCAGUCAACAUGUCAGCAGCUGGAUUUGGUGCUGUUCCCCACGAUAGCACAGCGUGGGGUGGUCAAAUAUCGAGGUCUAUGAGUUUAUCCGCGAGGCCGGGUGUGCCGUCACCCAUACCACAAGCAUACCCUAGCCAGUACCACCCAUCACCACAGAUCAACCCUGAAUUUAAACGUCGGAUGACUACCCCCGCCGAAUCUUACUCUGCCAUGGGACACAUCCCUAGCGUCCCCCAGCUCCCUUCGACACCUGUACCUGUAUCGUUUGACGAAGCCCAGAUACCAUUUACGACCUAUAACAUGCCUGGAACCGUUUCUGGACAGGUAAUAGUUGGUUCUGCUGCAGAUCCAAUGUCCCUUUCAGAGUGGUAUUCGCCAGAUUCACUGCAAGCACAUCAACAAGGCUUUAUUCCCGAUCAGCAAAACUUGAUGCAUCGGCCACCAAGCUAG